UCCCUUCAUUCUCAUUAUUUGAUUCUUGACAAAAUCAAAUUAAAAAGAAACCAAAGCAAAGCUUCUUUCUUUCUUGCCUUUUGCUUUCCUUUUACGAACCUUAAACAACGCCCGCAUAAAUCCAAACACUAAAGCCCAAUCCCUUUUUCACGAUUGCAAUUAAUCUCUCAGAUUCAGAUGCUAGUUCAACUGAUCACGAAGCUGGCAUUUCCCCUUUCUCAGAAUGCCUUUCUAGCAUAAAUCUGCAACCACAAUUGCGGAGGCCUUUAUUUCUCCCUUUCCCCAAAUUCGUCAAUUCGGAAGCAAAAUGCAAACAGGGAAUUCCGGUGAAGUGCGAUCGGGCGUUGGAGCAGCAGAUACUCGAGGGAAGCACAGGAUAUCUGCUGAAUUGAAGAGGCUCGAGCAAGAAAUUCGUUUCUUGGAGGAAGAACUGGAACAACUUGAGAAAAUGGAGAACGCCUCGGCUGCUUGCAAAGAGAUGCUAAUCAACAUCGAAACAAGACCAGAUCCUUUACUCCCAGAGACCAUCGGGCCAAUAAAUCCGACCUGGGACAGAUGGUUUGAAGGUCCACAGGAGUCUUCCGGCUGCAGGUGCUGGAUACUGUGAUAUCUUGCCACGAAAUCGAGCCCUAAACAUGAGCUUCGUCUUAUAACCAGCAACGACAUCAACACCAGACCGUUCGUUCGAUGCAGAGUGACCGAUUACCCCCAAAACAGCAAUGCCCUCCGACUGACAUGUUUAAAAAUGUAUGAAACAGACAAAGAUGCAAUUUUUCAACCUCAAUUCAUUUCCCAAAGCUCUAUUUGAUCGAAUGUUAGCCUCACUGUAUUUAUUGCCUUGUUUCUGUUUUACUUCAUUCUGUGUGUUCAGCUUCAGCUUAUCUUGCAACCUAAAUUAAUUAGGUCAUAAUUUGUUGAGUACUAUAUAAUUACAUUUACAUGCAAUUAAUCAUAUUUAAUUUUAAUUAUUACAUUUGUUUGCUUAUAAAAAUCUCAGAGCCACGAAUUCUUGAACUCCACUCUUCUCUGCAUGAACUCCACGUGUUUUCCCUAAUUGCCACCUUCACACACACUAUCUAUAUCUAUUUUUCUCUUUGCAAAACCUAAACCAAAAUCCAUCACCCUAAGCUACUCAAAAAAAUAAAAUGUCUACAAUUUUGGGUUCAAUCUCAUCAAAUUUCUUCAAGAAAAGCAUCCCACUCUAUGCUUCAAUCUCAAAUAACACUCUACAAUUCCAUGCAUUUCCAAAGCAAAAUUUCCCUUUACCUUUACUCCGGGUUGCUCAUGACCCGACAUACAUACCCGGAACUUCACCGCCGGAGAUCCCCACGGCCCCGCCGACGCACGAUCCCGGCUUCCCGUCCGAGGUGCCACGCCGCCACGACGUUCCCGAUUUCGUCCCAAAUUCCCCUCAGGAAGAACCCGUCCCGUCCGGGCCCGGUUCCCCGAAGCCCGAAGUGCCACCGCCACCGGGGGAGCCCGAGGUGGUCCCCCCUCAUGGGCCCGAAAUCACACCCCCGGAGCCCGGCCCGCCACAGCCGACCCGGCCCGAUAUUCCACCUCCCAUCAUGGGCUCAAAUGGGCUUGCUUUUUACUAAUAAAAGAUGGUGUGUAUUGUAAUUGAUGUUUAUUUAUUAAGUUUUGUUAUAUGUAUAUUUAAAUUUGCUAA